AUGCCGGGCAGGUCUACACAUGUUCCUCAGAGACCAACAACCGAUGUUUACACUAGAUUCAGCGCCCUGGAAAACUCCGAGCAUGUGAGCAAGAUCGUUGUGUACGCCUUUGGGGCGUUCGAUCGCUAUUAUAUCUGUUGGAUGGAAAAGUCUGGAACCUAUCACCAAGAACGACAAGGACUGCCGAAACGACUCGAUGAAUGGCUUUUUCCAGCAGACGGGACGACAAGGGAUCUGCCAACCUUGCAAGUGUCUCUAGGGCAUAAUGACGAGUUCUUCGCAUUUGACAAAUUCGACCGUAUCUCGAACAUCAACAAUGAACUUCGUGACAGCAGUAGUAGAAUCAGUUUCUGGCAGACCUAUGCCGGCGCGGCCCCGAAAUUAACGCUCCGCCGGAAAUCAAAUACCUUUUCCCAUUCGGAUAUGGCCGGCGAGCCAGUUCCACUUUCGUUGAAACGGGCUUCACAUCCAACAAAAUUGAGACCCAGGAGCGUUGCAACAAUCGAAGUAACUCCAUCCAAAGCCCUACAGACAGGGAGCCUUGUCCGAAGUUCCCAAGGAGGAGCAGCGGUCCAACGGCUUCCACUCACAAAACAUCUCAGCUAUUCGGACGCGGCGGUACAAACGGAAUCGGUAGUUAUUCCCGAUACUUCGGCAAUCGAAGAUCUCGGAAGUGAUAUAACAAAACAGAUGCUUGCGAGGCCACCACGGUCCCACACGACUUCCGUAUCCUCUCUUACAUCAUUGCUUUCAAACAGCUCGACAGAGACACAUAAGUCUGAUUCGUCCUUCUCCAGCAGUUCUUCCAAAGGCUGCAGAAACCCAGUAUAUAUGGGUGCAAUGCAUCAGUAUUUUAGGGACAAGGAGUACCGACUCGGAGACGCGUUGAUCAGGGGUUCAGGUUCGAACACCAGUUUGGCAUGA